AAAAAAUACACAUUAUACGAAACGCCGCCAUUUUGACAUUUGUUUAGCUUUGUGUUUCUUCAUAGAAAUUUUUGAGAAUUUUAUGCACUAAACUUUAAUGCAUUGAGUUUUUCGGUGAAUAAAAGUUUCCUUUAAAAAUCUUAUGCACAUUUUCAAAGAUAUCAGUCAAAAUCUGUGCGAUUAUGCGACGCAUAAAUCGAUGAUACUGCUGUGCCGCUUUUUUUAUUUUCGCGAUGCUAAUUUCUCAUUUGUUUUAUUUUAAAAGUGCUAAUAGUAAAGACAAACAAUUAUUAAAAUGACGUAAGAGUGUUCUGAAUGUGAUUUAAAAGUAUUGUACAUUCGAAAUGUUAGUAAAAGCUGUGAAUAAAAAAGGCGCGAAGUGUAGCUUGGGCCGUGUUACCGAAAUAAACUCUCCAAUGUUUUAUUGAAAUUUAAACAAAGACAUUACGAGCCCGCGUCGUGCUCACCGGCAUUUGUUAUGUAUGUAACUUUACUGUCAUGAAGACUAGUGGGCGAUACAGAUAAAUAUUUACAUUAUUGUAAAUUGAGUUCAUGUUAAGUUUUCUUCUGAACUUGCGAUGCGGUUAAGAAGUAGAAAAAGGGAGCGACCGCUCUCAUGCAAUAGAAGUUCACAGAAGGUCACUAAAUUCAAGAAGAAACCUGUCAAGCCGUUGUCUAAGCCAACAUCAGCUUGGACAAAGGUUGUAAAGCCAGAGACAACAAAUAAUGUUUUAUUGGCAAACGCCAAACAGUUUUGUGUUACUAGGUCACAAAAUUUGAAAACCAGGCCUGUGAGAACUAGACCCCUCAGAAGCAUGGAGAAAUUGGUUGACACUGCACACAAAGCCAAAACCAAGCACAAAGACGUCGCAAAGAAACCAAUCUUCCAAACUGUUGUACGUAGCACUACUAAAGAUUUGGUUAGCUCCUCGACGACUCUCAAAAAUCUUAAAACCACUCAAAAUGAUAAAAUAACUACGACAUCCAAGACUAAAGAUGUACGUACAACGAAAAGUGUACAGUUGCGGCACAGCUCACUAAAUCGUGAACUCAGAAAGACUGAAGUUAACACAGCUAUGAAUUCACCAAGAAAAACUAGAAGGAUGGAUAAGCCGGAUAAGUCUGCAUCGUUGAACAGUUCUCCUAUUAGAAAGGUCCGACAAUUAGGGGUUCCGUCCCCUAAAUUGAUAAAAGUAAGUUCUACUAAUGAAAGUCCUAAGAAAAAGGGGAAGGCUAAAGCUCCAGUUUUUCCUGAGAAUGGAAACUGGGCCGAAGAUAACGAUAUCACUAUGUAUGAGCCUCAUACUACAACUUUUGUUGAUUUUCCAACACCGAAGUCGGAUGAAUCGGAUUCCGAUGCUCACGUCGAGUCUUCUGAAUUAUGUCUUCCAAAUGAUUGCUUGAAUGACUUUAUUGCUAUUGCUGAGUGUGCUAGACUUAUUAAUGACAAUUUAGAAACCGAAGAUGAAGUGAACUUCCUUGCGGAUAAAGCAGCUAGAGUAAUGACUACUGAAAGAGAGGAUGUGAAGAAGACUUCUAGAACAAACUCUGUCGACAAACGUUUAAUUAAACGGAGGAAGUCCAGCAAUGACUUGGAAAUGUAUCAGCCAACAUCGACUACUGAUGAUUUGGACACUUGCACCAGCUUUUUGAGUAAUGGAGAGAAAUAUGUUCAGCCUGACUUCGUGGCCAUGUUAGAGCAGGAUAGCUAUGUCCGAGACUCUGAGUGCGAGAUAUCUUCAACGUGCGAUACGCAGGGUACUGCUAUAGAGAGCUUGGAAGCUUUGUCAGCUAGGAGCCCUAGUUCCGGGUUCUUGGCUGAAAUCAGCCAAAGCUUAGCUGCGGAAGCCGCUGGAUGGAAUGGCUCUGAUAUAGUUGCUGAUGACUCUUCGCUAGCAUGUCACGAUGAGCAAACGCCUUCGGAUAUUGAGGAAGAGGCAGCCGAUGUGAUAUCUUCAUGCAGCAAUAGAGUUGACUGCGAACAAAUAUCUUCUUGGGUGGACGCUUUUGACCCGUACUUGUUCAUAAAACAGUUACCCCCAUUGGAGACUGUGGCAACGGGUGCUUUAAGAGCUCGCUACCCUGCCUUACCUUUGAAGACUAGAACCAGCCCCGACUUCAGUUUGGUUUUAGAUUUGGAUGAAACAUUAGUUCAUUGUUCUCUACAAGAAUUGCCAGAUGCAAGUUUCCAUUUCCCCGUGUUGUUCCAAGACUGCCGAUACACUGUAUUCGUCCGUACUCGUCCGCAUUUCGCCGAAUUCUUGUCGCGCGUGUCCCGCCUCUACGAGGUGAUAUUGUUCACCGCCAGCAAGCGAGUCUAUGCGGAUAGACUGUUAAAUCUGCUGGAUCCAGCUAGAAGGUGGAUAAAAUAUAGACUAUUCCGUGAACAUUGUUUACUUGUGAACGGGAACUACGUGAAGGACCUGUCGAUAUUAGGCCGCGAUCUCAGAAAAACUGUUAUAGUCGAUAACAGUCCGCAGGCAUUCGGCUAUCAACUGGAGAAUGGCAUUCCAAUAGACAGUUGGUUCGUAGAUCGCAGCGACAAUGAGCUACUGAAACUGCUGCCAUUCCUAGAGAAUUUAGCUACGAAAGACGACGUCAGACCGUACAUCAGGGAUAAAUAUAAACUUUUCAGCUACCUACCACCGGAUUAAAGUAAUGUGGCAACACAAAUAUAUUUGUUUUUUGUGAACACUACACAUUAUGGGUCUUUCUGCAUCGCGAAAUUUGAAAAAAUCCUUCACUGUCACAAAAAGUUAUAAAUCAAAUAUCUUUAAUAUUGUUUUUAUUUUUAUUUUUUUUAGCAUUUAACUGCUAGAUGUUUAUAUCUAAAGAAAAGUUUUAAUAGAAAAAAAUCCACGCGAACCAGGCAGCAGACGGGACUCGAACCCGCGCCCUUCGCUAUCCGGGCGAAUGCACUGACCAAUUAUGCUACCGCGGCCCUGACGGUCGCGUCGAAAUUUUCCUAUCCUUAAGCUGCAAGGCAGCGCCAUUUCUUCGCAUUGUAGGUAAACCACAAUGUCAAAUGAAUACUUUUUCAAGUAUUAAAGAUUUGAAAGAAUAUCAGUGCAUUAGCCCGGAUAGCGAAGGGUUCGGGUUCGAGUCCCGUCUGCUGCCUGAUCCCCGUGGAUUUUUUUAUAUUAUAACUUUUCUUUAAUAUUAUUAAAAUAAACGAUACGGAUGAGUUUGAAUUUUCAUCAAAGUUACAACUUCCUCACUCCAGUUCAUUAUAUUGUUUCAUUUAUUAAUUUUAAUGGUCAAAAUCUCUGAUGAAACAUUAAUGAAUAUAAUAUGAAAUGAAAUGCCAAAUUGACAGAUUGUAUGCGAGUUUGGAAAAUGGCCAUUUGAAAGAACCAUCAUUAUUGUGAAAUUGAAGAAUUCUUAAAUGAAACUAACAUACUUAACAAGUUUCACCCAAUGUCACCAUUUGAGACCCCUUGUUCUGUUCAAUGUAGAGUACACUCUUUGCUUAAUCUGGUUAUGUUAUAAAUAGUUUUAAAUUAAAAAAAAAGACGGGUUGCACUCCGGGAGUGCCAGCAGAAGUGAAAACUUGAAUAUUAACGUUGUGCAUUUUUGAUAUUUUGGAAUGGUUAGGGAAUAAUUUUGCACGAAUUGCUUUAAUUAUCAGUAUAAAAGUACUAUCAUAUAUUUGGUAGAAUACAAUAUUUAUUUAUUGCGCUAUCGUACACAAACAUGACAAUUUAUAUUACAUUAAAAAAGUUUAUCUCUCAGAAAAAUCAACUUACACGAAUCACGUUUAAGCGCACUUAGCGACAUCUAUUGUAAAGAAAAUGCAUUUUCUUCGCAAUAAAGCUGCCACGUGGGCAUCCUAGAUAGAGACUUAUUAUUAUAAUACGGUAAAAUAAAAGAUUACUAUGUUUGUCCAAUAUAUUGAAAGUCACUACCUUUCCAAUUUUAUUGUGUGUCAUGAUGCGAUCAGCACACGUGUUUAACCUGACGCGAGUUUAACAUUUUUUACCCAUACAAAAAAAAAGUGUACAACGCCGCUAAAGAAGUUUUGACUUCAAAAAAAUAUGUUUCCAAAAUAAGUAUUCAAUAAAAAUGUUGGUAUAUUUUUUAUCAUAAUCGUUAAUCAAUCGUAUAAAACUACAAAUUUUAAAUGACCUUGUAACUGAUAACCUGAGAUACAGGAUCUUUCCUAGUUCAGGUAUCAACUUGCCAUAAUCUUGUAUCGCCUUGUAUUGAAACAUUUUGCUUCUGUUAACCCAAUAGAUUAAGGUAAGGAAUAAAUGAUUUAAUAUUUAUUAUUAUAACUAUUUUAACAACCAGUAAAUUUUCAAAAGUCUUUUGAAGGUAGCUCGACAAAGUAAAUAAAAAAUCAUUAUUCUGACGAUGCAGACCUGAAAAGGCUGCGAAACGUCAAAAAAGAAAUAGAGUUCGUGCAUUAACCCGUUAAAACUAGUUUUAUUUAACCAGUAAAUAUCAAAAUUUCUACAACUGAUAUUGAAUCUUAAACUCUACUACAAAGAUUAAAAAAUCUGUUCAAUAAUAUUGAUAAUUAUAUGCAGUCGUAGAGGCUGUGUUUAUUUUAAAUACAAAACAAAUUUGCAUAUAUUUUUGUUGAAGAUGCAGAAAGUCUCAUUAUAAUGUUUUUACUAUCAUCAAUAAAUAAUUAAAAAAAUAUUAUGUAAUAAAUUUCAACAGAAAUAUUUAUUAAUUAUUGCGAAAUUCGAUGAUAAUAAUGCGAUCGGUUUUUAUAUUAGGCAAUGACAUUCUAAAUUAAAUAAUAUAUAAUAAUUGGUUAGUUAAUUUAUUAUUGAAAAUAACAGUGUAUUAAGGUGACAUACAUAAUUAAGGAAUUUGUUCAUAUUAUAACUGAACUUGCAUAUUUUGGUACGAUUUUUGUUGUUUUCAAAAUCUGUGAUUAAUAAUUAUAUUUUUUAAUUGUUUUCCUUCUUUUUUAAAUUAAAUUUUAUCAUUGACAGGUACCAAAGACUGGACUUCAUCAUAUGUUUUACUAAAAGUAUUUUUUUACUAUGUAUAACAUUACGUAUGUAUGGUGUUAUUUUUUUUAUUAUUAAUGUAUUUUUUGACAUAUUUGCUGUGCAGUCUUAAAUAAAAAUUAAAACAUUAUGAAAAUACAUUAUAAAGGAUAAACGUGUGAAUGGAUUUAUUUGUAUUAAGUUGAUUUUUGAAGUUGUUUAAUUUAAAAUUUUAAUAUUUAGGUGCUAUAUCGAAUAGUUCUUUUUUAUAUGGAAAAAAUGUAGAUUUGAUUUCAGAUUUAUUGUUUAUAAGUUUAAAAUCAAAUCUGUAUUUUUGAAAUAAUAUUUUUAUUAAUUAAUAAGUUUAUUUUUUUACGUCCAUUCUAUUUAAGUAAUAAUUUCACUUAUAUCGACUAUUAUUGUAUCUCUGUGUUUUCUUCUUAUAGUUUAUAAUUGAAAUUGUUUUGUAAUUGCAUUUUCGACUCUUAUUUUUAAAGUAAUGAAGGUAAAUAUUGCAUAAGCCUUGUAAUGAAUGAGAUGGAAAUUAUGAGGAAUAAAAAGUAGAUAGUUAUAAAUAUCAGUUAAUAAUAUCCCUUAGAAUUUAAAAAUGUAUAAUAAUUAACAUGAUAUUAAUUAGAUUAUUUCAUAAUUGCGCAGUCGUGAACGUCUUUAGAAAAUAAUUCUUAAGUGUGAACAGAUUGUAUGUGAAAUGGGAUCGAAGCUAAAUUUGUUGAAUUCAGUCAUCCUUUCUCAAGUAAUGUAAUGUUAUUAAAGUUUAAUUACGAAGGAAACGUUGUUAUCUACACAAAUAUUAUGAAUGCGAAAAUAUGUCUGUCUGUUAUCUCAUCACGUUUAAACAGACGAACCGAUAAAGGUGAACUUUGGUAUAGAGAUAGUUUGGUUUCCGGGAAAGGAUAUAGGAUAUUUUUCAAUUGCCCUCAACUGUACACAAUUCGGGACAGAUGGGAUUUUUCGUAUCGUCAUUGGUCCCAAUUUAUUUAAUAAAUGGGGACAGAAGGAAAUGUAAUAUGCGCCACGGGUUAGGGUAUUGAAGUAUGUUUUUUUUAUAUUCCCAAUUGCCUUCAACUGUACACAAUUCGGGCCAGAUGGGUUUUUUCCUGUCAUCAUUGGUCCCAAUUUAUUUAAUAAAUAGGGAAAGAUGGAAAUGUAGUAUGCUCCACGGGUUAGGGUAUUGAGGUAAGAUUUUUUUAUAUUCCCAAUUGCCCUUAACUGUACACAAUUCUGGGCAGGUGGGAUUUUUCUUAUCGUCAUUGUUCCGGUUUUUUUUUAAUAAAUGGGGACAGACGGAAAUGUAAUAUGCUCCACGGGUUAGGGUAUUGAGGUAUGAUAUUUUUAUAUUCCCAAUUGCCCAAUUGCCCUCAACUGUACACAAUUCGGGGCAGAUGGGAUCUUUCUUAUCGUCAUUGGUUCCAAUAUUUUUAAUAAAUGGGGACAGAUUGAAAUGUUAUAUGCUCCACGGUGUAGGGUAUUGAGGUAUGAUUUUUUUAUAUUCCCAAGUGCCCUCAACUGUACACAAUUCGGGGCAGAUGGAUUUUUUCUUCUUAUCGUCAUUGGUCCCAAUUUUUUUAAUAAAUGGGUACAGAUGGUAAUUUAAUAUGCUCCACUGCUUAGGGUAUUGGAUCAGGGUAGGCAAUUGUGCGACUGAUAAUUUUGUGAAAACUCUUCCUCUACCAAUCUAUUAUGGAUGUGUUUCAAAAGCGUAUACAUAAUUUUUAGACAGAAAUAGGCGAAAAUAAGCACACAAAGAGUUGUAUUUCAUCAUUAUGAUUUUAAAUAUUAAAUUAAAUACGUAUGACGACCGCCGUGGCCGAGUGGUUUGUACGCCGGGUUUCAUGGUUUCGCCGACUCGAGAGGUCCCGGGUUCGAAUCCCGGUGGGGGCAAAUGUUUGUGUGAUGAAUACGUGCAUUUGUACUCCAGUCAUGGAUGUUUAAUAUGUAUUUCUAUAAAAAUGUACUUAUAUAUGUACAGUAUAUGUAUUCUUAUCCGUUACCCUAGUAUCCCAUAACACAAACCUUACAGUGCUUACUUUGGGGCUAGGCUAAUUGGUGUGAGUGUUGAAAAUAUUUAUUAUUAUUACGUAAGAAAGAGGCUACUCUAAUUCAACGAUAAACGAAAUGGCGAUCGAAAUUUCGCACGUUUGCUAACAUGUUUCUUAUUGUUUUCUUUAUGCGUUUGUCCGAAAAUAGUUUGAGGACCUCUACGAAAAAUUUAAUUUGACCAUUUGUCGGUCGAAUUUUAUCUUCAAUUUGAAAUGAUUUGCGUUUGAACUCGAAAAAGAGUAGACCUCCUAAUGUUGUAUUAGGCUGAAAGAAAAAUAUAAGUGAUUUUCCAUUGAUAAAAGAUACAUUAUCGUUAGAUCAACAACUGCCUAUAGUGUGUUAUCGAUACAAUUAUUGUUAAUAAAUUAUAUCGACAACCUGUUCUGAUAAAGAAAUCAAAAAAGCGUAAGUACGAUAAUGCCAUUUGAAAGUCAACUGUUUGUUUAGUUUCGUUGACUUUUUGCAAUCUUCCUUAACACAAUGGGACAUCGUAAUACUUUUGAAGAACGACAUCGGUUUUAAUCUAAAUCUUUUAACUUUUACAGUUUUUUAGGGCAGAGAUGAUAAUAAAAACUUUUUAUAAACGCGACAAUAUGUCUGUGUUUUUUUUAGGUUAAAUACACCGACUUCACAAUUAUUAUUUAGCUACUUACUUAGCUUGUUGACUAUCAAAUGAAGGUUCUUCUUUUGCUUAAGGUAUAUUACAGAACUAUGCCUAAGUUGUUUUACUAUUCGAAGUCCAGCCAAGCUAAGCCUUAAGAGUUUUCAAUGUUUUGGAAGAUUAGCUUGUCCCGAUACAGGUGGACCUCUUUAAGAUGCUGAUUUAUUGUUAGGAAAUUAUUUAAAAGGCUCGACUUAAAACCGAUUAUAUUCCAUUUACGUGUCAAUAUAAUAUUUUGAAGUUAAAACUAGCUUUUCUGAUAUUUGAUAAAUGCUAAUUUAAGCUACCGUAUGAGCUUCCUACCCGCGGUGUUCCCUCGAAGCUAUAGACGAGACUUAAUAAGAUUGUUCCACGAAUGGAAAUAGGCGAAAAAACCACUAAAAAUCAGGUGACCCAUCUUCUCGUCUGCUUACGAAAGCUAUAAAACAAUAAUAAAAUAUAUCAAAUGGUGGAAAAAUCAUCAUGUCCUUCUUCUUCAUCGUCGUUUCCUCAUGGCUGAUGGUCGUGACCUUUCAGGACAGCACAUUUCACCAACGAUCUCCAGACCGUUCUGUGUUCUGCAAGGCGGAUGGACGCCUGCAAUUUGUCAUUCGUAGUUUCUUUAACUAUGUCCAACCACCGGGAUGGAGACCUGCCCCUACUCCUUGCCUUCCACGUUUACCACGACCAGAAGGUUUUCAAAAUUAUCUGGGCUUCUCCUUGCUACGUGACCGAAGUAUCAUCAUGUUAGCUUAACAUUAAUUAUUUCACAACAACGUGUCACUCAUAUUUAAACAUCGCUGUUUUUAAACUUGAUAACGAGACAUGAAAGCAUUAAGAUAAAUUCGGUGCAUCAAUAUAUCGUAUCAUGUGUUUAUUACGCUCAACGUUAUAUUAUUCUUAAAUGAUCUUGAACCUUAUUUAACAUACGUUAAAGUUGAAAAUCGGUCAGGUAUUCAUAACCGGAUCUAUUGUGUUUCGAUUUUUUUCUAAUGUUAUCUUAAUAAUUGUAUAUUUAUGGUUUUUCAGUGGAAUUGCUUUUUGAUUUAGUAAUGCAUAUAUUUAUAUGAUAAUAACAAAACAACAAGGAAAUUUUAUUUUUCAGUUUUUAGUAGCGACAAAUAGGUCAAAAUUGCAAUACUUUUAAUAUUAUAUCUAAACGUUAACAGUAAAGACUUUGUUAUCUACUAUAUAAAAAUAAGUCGGGUUUUCCUUCCUGACGCUAUAACUCCAGAACGCACGAACCGAUUUCCACGGUUUUGCAUUCGUUGGAAAGGUCUCGGGCUCCGUGAGGUUUAUAGCAAAGAAAAUUCAGGAAAAAUUAAAAAAAAAUCGUUUUCUUUUAAUCACAAAACGAAAUGUUACAUAAAACGAAGCUAUCUGGUCGCGAAACGGAGUUCGCUGGGUUUGCUAGUUUUAUAUAUAAAAAAUUAGGUUCCAUACCAUAAUUCGGCAAAAAGGGAACAUUAAUAUGAUCACUUGGAUUUAUUUAUUUAGUUAUAAAUAAAUUUAUUUUUGGACCAAAGGCGGACUAAACUCUAAAAGCAUUCUCUGCCAACUCUGUUUUACUCUUUAUAUUCGGCAGCAUGCAUGAGAGUGAUAGCUUACAUUAUAAACGUAGGAAUUCGUGAAAAUCGUACCAAUCAUCAAUGUAAUAAAUGUGAUUUAAUUGAGGAGCUCGAUGGCGCAGGUGGCUAGCGCGUUCGGCUGCGAUCGUUGAAGUUAAGCAACUUUCGCAGUGGUCGGUCAUUGGAUGGGUGACCAAAAAUUUACUAUCUCGAGCUCCUCCGUGCUUCGGAAGGCACGUUAAGCCGUUGGUCCCGGCUGCAUUUUCAGUCGUUAGCACCCACCAAUCCGCACUGGGCCCGCGUGGUGGGUCAUGGCCUAAUCUCCCUAUACCAUCCAUAGGGAAGGCCUGUCCCCCAGCAGUGGGGACAUUAAUAGGCUGAUGAUGAAGUUGGUGAUUACAAAUGAAUAGACGAAUGGUAAGCCUGAGACGAAGUCGAGUGUUUACCAUAGUCCAGAAUUUGUAAAUACUAGACUUGCAACGAAUAUUCGGUUACUAUUCGGUAUUCGGCCUAUUAAGCUGUGGGGACAUUAAUAGGCUGAUGAUGAUGAUGAAUUGGGGGGUUCGAAUACCAAACACCGAUAUACCUAAAAUAUGAGCCGCUUGUAAAUUGCUUAAAAUUAUUAUAAAAUAUCUGAAUAUAUAUAUAUAUAUAAAUAUAUAUAUAUUUCACGAAAGAAGUCCUCAAAGAUAAGUUGGCAGCAGUUUUGACAAUACUUAAUUCUUUGUGUGUAUCGCUUAAACGAGUCUCCUAAAAUUAGCUUCAUUCGGUUUAAUAUAAAAGUACCACACACAUAAUUCACACAAAUAAUUUUCGUUGCUGCUUUUGCUUUUUCAUAGACGGGACAAAUUUAUAACUAAUUACAAAUAAAAAUUGUUUAUCGUAAAAUUAACGGUGUUUCCUAAAGUAGGCUUGCAUUCGUUGCGUAUUUAUUUAUUUAUUUCAGGAAAUCAACAGCAUUGUCUUAGUUCUGAUAACAUUUCGUAUCGUGUUCUACAUAACGUAGACUUUGAAUGUAACUUUGUCUCAAGAGUUUUAUGCUACCAAAAUCUUAGUUGCCUAGAUAUAUUUGUUAAUUAUUGGUAAUUAUUUUGUGUCGUGAAGUUACUGAAUUUUAAUAAGCUGACCUUUUAUUGAGGGUAGGAAGACUAUUCCCACUGUCCCUGAUAUUAGGUGAGGAUCACAUGGGAAAUUUCUGAUCAAUUGGGAAAGGCUGCCAGUAAAGACAAUUCCAAUUGUCCCUAAUUUUGGUUGAGAGGCAAAUGGGAAUUUUCGUGUCCAUUGAAAUAGAUAAAAUAGUCAUGGCAGGAGAAUGGAAUAGUAUUUUACAUGUAAUAUGAAGGACCUUGCAACUAAUUUGUCGACUAAUAUGCCUUCUAGGUUAUAGAUAAGCGAAAAUUCUCUAUGAUUCUUCAGUGAUAGCAUUAAGUUCAUAAUAGCGAACAAGGAUUUAUUUAGUAUUGUGUAAGAAUGUUUAAUCCAAUAAAAAGUAUAUUGUAUCGAAUAAUAUUUUUUUGUUUUAUUUCUCAUAUACCUGUUUCACG